GCUGCCCUUGCCCUAUGUCAGCUCAGUCUUUCUUCUAGUCUCCCUACUACUCUACUUUUCUCCACUCUCGGUGUUCUUCAAAAGCCAAAAUCUCAACUCCUUGAACCAUUGUUGCUUUGAAGUCCCAAGUCCCUCAACCCUCAACCCUCACCCCCUUGUUUCCGCAACUUCCCACCAUGUCGUCGGACGCCUACGACCUGCCCUCUCCCAGGGAGACCGAGUCUGGCUACGCCAGCGGCUGCUCUAGCGAGGCAAGCCUCCCGGACAUCUUCUUCAGCAAAACCCACCUCAAGUUCCUCAAUUCGCAGCUGCAGAAGCUCGAGCCCGAGGAGAUUCUGCGCUGGUGCUUGAUCAGUCUGCCAUCCCUGUACCAGACCACGGCUUUUGGUCUCACUGGUCUCGUGACUUUGGACAUGCUUUCGCGGAUACCCAACCCCACCAAGACCUCCGUCGACCUCAUUUUCCUCGACACCUUGCACCAUUUCUCGGAAACCCUGGCUCUGGUUGACCGUGUCCGCCGCCAGUACGGCAACGUUAACCUGCACGUCUACAAGCCCGCUGGCUGCGAAACUGCCGAGGAUUUCGCCACGAAGCACGGUGAGCAUCUGUGGGAAACCAACGAUGAGCUGUACGACUUCGUCGCCAAGGUCGAGCCCGCUCAGAGGGCGUACGCCGAACUUCAGGUCAAGGCUGUCCUCACUGGCCGGAGAAGGUCUCAGGGCGGCAAGCGCGGAGACCUUGACAUCAUUGAGAUUGCCGAGGACGGUCUUGUCAAGAUCAACCCUCUCGCCAACUGGUCGUUCACCGAUGUGCAAAAGUACGUCGAGAAGCACAACGUUCCCUAUAACGAGCUUCUCGACAGGGGCUACAAGAGCGUUGGUGACUGGCACUCGACUCAGCCCGUUGCUCAAGGCGAGGACGAGCGUGCAGGUCGCUGGAAGGGGCGCGAGAAGUCCGAGUGCGGCAUCCACAACAAGAAGUCCCGCUACGCCCAGUUCCUGGCGGCUCAGGAGCAAAAGAGGCAGGAGGAGGCAUUGAGCAGGGCGCUCGAAUCCUCGCACGUAGGCACGUCGUGAGGUUAUGGACGCGUGACUUUGUUUCUUUAUCUGCUGCAUAUUAGCAUCGGCGUUGGGUCGUUUUUGGGCGUAUCUGGAUGAGCAUGAUGCUCCAUUGGGAGCGAAAAGGCGUUAGAGGAGGGACAGGGAUUGAUAUCAGCGAGGUGGAAGGACGAGAUACCUCUAUAGGAAAGAUGAAAUACGUAUGCCACAACUCAUUAACAUGGAGAGAUCUUCAGCGC